AUGCCUUGCGAAAAUUGUACUUGUGGAGCCAAUGGAGACCCACCAGACCUCUUUUUGGGAAAGCCAAGUGAUCCAGAAAGUGAAAUCGAUUUCUCUGACCCACAAUCCCUUGAGCAAGCAACCGUACAAAUCCAACAGGCAAAAGAACGGAUCCAGAAAUUAGAAGCAGAACUCAACAACAAGAAAUCAAAGCAAGCUCCGGGAACCAUCAGGUUCAGAUCGCGUGAUUGGUUCGAUGAUCCUGACCAUCCAGACUCAACCGCCCUUCACAUUGAACGCUAUUUGAAUUGGGGACUCUCGCUUCCAGAGAUUACCGACCCUACCAAACCAAUCAUUGGUAUAGCCCAAAGCGGUUCAGAUUUGUCGCCUUGCAACAGGCACCAUUUGGAGCUUGCUAAAAGAGUCCGCGAUGGAAUCAUUGCCGCCGGGGGCACCCCUUUGGAGUUCCCUUGUCACCCAAUUCAAGAAACUGGUAAGCGCCCAAACGCCGCUCUCGACAGAAACUUGUCAUACUUGUCUUUGGUCGAAGCCUUGUUUGGUUAUCCCAUCGAUGGAGUGGUUCUUUUGACUGGGUGUGAUAAGACAACCCCAGCCAUGUUGAUGGCUGCUUGUACCGUAAACAUCCCAACCAUUGCUAUGAAUGUUGGACCAAUGCUCAAUGGCUAUUAUUAUGAGCGUCUCACUGGCUCGGGGACCAUUGUAUGGGAAUCACGUAAGCGUUAUGCUGCUGGUGAAAUAUCUUACGAUGAGUUCUUAGAUAUAGUUUCCUCUUCAGCUCCUUCGGUAGGCCAUUGUAACACCAUGGGCACUGCUUCUACCAUGAACGCUUUGGCUGAGGCCCUUGGCAUGGGUUUUGGUAGUGCUAUUCCUGCUGCCUAUCGAGAACGUGGGCAAUGUGCUUACCAGACCGGUUUGAGAAUUGUUGACUUGACAAAGAAAGACAUUAAACCAAGUGAUAUUCUUACCAAAGAAGCCUUUGAGAACGCGAUUGCUGCUAACUCUGCCAUUGGUGGCAGUACUAAUGCUCCGAUUCAUCUCAAUGCUAUUGCCAAGCAUAUCGGCGUACAACUUGAUAAUGAUGAUUGGGAAAGAGUGGGUUAUCAGUUACCACUUCUUGUCAAUAUUCAACCAGCAGGUGAGUUCCUUUGCGAAGAAUACUUCCGUGCUGGUGGCCUUCCAGCGGUGAUGGCGGAACUUCUAGAUAAUGGCAAAUUGCCACAUCCCGACGCCAUGACUGUCACUGGUAAAACCUGGAGGGAAAUUUGCAAAGGUAAAAACUCUUGGGAUCGUCGUGUUAUCAAGUCAUUUGAUAAUCCUAUGAAGAAAAACUCAGGUUUCUUACAUCUUAAAGGUUCUCUAUUUGAUUCUGCAAUCAUGAAGACCUCUGUAAUCAGUGAAGAAUUUCAAGAGCGCUAUUUACUGAACCCAGAAGAUCCAAAUGCUUUCCAAGGCCCUUGCUUUGUGUUUGAUGGCCCAGAGGAUUAUCACGCAACCAUUGAAACUAAGGAAGUCACUCCCGAUGCUAUUCUUGUGAUCCGUGGAGUCGGUCCUACUGGAUAUCCAGGGGCUGCUGAGGUUGUUAACAUGGCACCACCAACCAAGUUGUUUAAACAAGGUAUUAGUGAAUUACCAUGUAUUGGCGAUGGCCGUCAAAGCGGUACUGCAGGUAGUCCAUCGAUCCUUAAUGCUUCACCUGAAGCAGCCACUGGUGGCAAUUUGGCUAUUUUGAAAGACGGUGAUAUCAUUCGCGUGGAUUUGAACAAAAGAAGUUGUGAUAUUUUGAUCAGUGAAGAAGAGAUUUCCAAACGUUGUAAUGCCAUGCUGCCUUAUAAGUGCCCUGCCUCGCAAACUCCAUGGCAAGAGAUUUACAGAACUUAUGUUAGUGAACUUAGCGAAGGAAUGGUAUUGAAAAACGCGGUGAAAUACCAAAGAGUGGCGCAGGUCAGUCAGCCGUUGCUAAGACAUAGUCAUUGA